GUUCGUUUUCCGAAAUAUGGACGAAUCAUCCAAAAGGACACCUACAUAUUCAGGUUUAAGUAAUGGUCCAAUUUUAGGUUCGGCACAGCUUAGAUUUGCUGAAAUGAUGGAUUUGAACAAAGAUAGUGUUGUCACGCGCUCUGAUGGUCCAGUAGACGUUGCAGAGGUUGCUAAGCAUACUUCUGAGACUGACUGCUGGAUUAUAUUCAAGGGCAAGGUAUAUGAUAUAACACGUUAUUUGGACACUCAUCCUGGUGGACGUGAUCACUUAUUGGCUUUUGCCGGUAUGGACGUAACUGAGGAGUUUAUGGACACUCACCCCUGGGUGAAUGCUGAAUUCCUGUUAAAAUCGCUAUUAGUGGGUGAUCUCAACACAGAUGAUUCCGAUUUAAAGCCCGAGAUCAAUUCGUGAUGUGAAAUGUACAUCCAAUAAUGUUAAUCGUUG